AUGAUGACAUCAUCACCAUCAUCAACGUUGAUUAGUAAUCCUCCUGUGCCUCAACGGCGAUUAGCUCAGUACCAUCCUACCAUUUGGGACCACAAACUCAUCGACUCCUUCACCACUCACUACACCUAUGAAUUACACGCCACACGAUUGGAGAGUCUAAAGCAGAACGUUGCUAAAACGUUGCUGGCUGCAUCCACCAGUAACAAAGGCAGCUCUGCCAGCACUUGUUCCGUUUUAAAGCUUAUCGACUCAAUGCAGCGGUUGGGAGUGGCCUACCAUUUUGAGAAAGAGACCGAUGCAGCUCUACUUAGUCUCGUUUCUUCGAGCACUCAUGGUACCGCAGAUGAUCUUCACACAGUUGCCUUGCAAUUCCGGAUACUAAGAGAACAUGGCAUCUCUAUUAGCCCAGAAGUGUUUAACAAGUUUAGAAGUAGAGACGGAAGCUUCAAAGACAGCUUAAGCAAGGACGUGGAGGGACUUUUGAGUUUGUACGAAGCCUCACACCUUGGGAUGCCUGGGAAGAAGAAGAUCAUGUGGUGGAGAGACUUGGAUUUCAAAAACAAGGCAAGUUUCUCAAGGGAUAGAUUGAUGGAGAACUACUUGUGGGCAAUGGGGAUCAAUUAUGAGCCCCGAUUCUCAGAAUGCAGGAUUGGCCUCACCAAGUUUGUUUGCAUAUUAACAAUAAUUGAUGACAUGUAUGAUGUCUAUGGAUUUCUGGAAGAGCUUGAGCAUUAUACACUGGCAGUAUGUCGAUGGAAUAUGGAAGCAAAGGAGGAGCUUCCCGAGUACAUGAAGCCAGUUUAUGCUGCCAUGCUCAAAUUUGGCAACGAAUUAUCUAAUAACGUUUUUAAAAAUAAUGGUUUGGACGUCCUCCCUUAUAUUAAGAAAGAGUGGGUAAAUCUUUGUAAAUCAUAUUUGGUAGAGGCACGGUGGUUUUACGGAGGAUACACGCCAACAUUACAAGAGUACUUAGACAACGCAUGGACUUCAGUGGGUGGCCCUGGUGCUCUUCUCCAUACUUAUUUGUUGCAAGGAUUAGGAAGCCACCUCACAAAAACUUCACUUGAGUCCUUUAAGCAUGGCUCUGAAAUUGUAUAUUGGUCAUCCCUCAUGACUCGACUUAGCGAUGAUUUGGGCACUUCCAAGGCUGAAAGUGAGAGAGGUGAUGUGGCUAAAGCCGUAGAAUGUUACAUGGAAGAAAAAGGCACAUCUGAGGAAGAAGCACAGCACUACAUAAACGAUUUGAUCUGCUAUUCAUGGAAGAAAAUGAAUGAGGAGAGUGCAAAAACUAGCAGGAUACCAAAAUCAGUUGUAAAAAUGUCACUCAAUAUGGCGCGGACUGCUCACUCUAUCUUUCAACAUGGCGAUGGUAUUGGAACUUCAAUUGGGGUCACCAAAGAUCGUUUAAUUUCUUUGAUUGCAAAUCCUAUUCCUAUAUAUCAUGAACACAAGUGA